UCGAGCUGCUUCUGGGGGUAAGCCGUCUGCUGCCGUACUUCUUGCUUCCUUACCUUUACUCGAGUCGCUAACGACGGCGGCCGGUUCCGUUGGGUGACUGACUGCUGCUUCAGCCGGUGGCGGAACGCCUCUCCGACAUGGAGGAGAGAACCGGGAACCCGAUGACCACCCCAAAGUCCACGCAGGAGCUGGCCGUGGAAGGGCAGAAGCAUCUCGAGGACACCAUCGAGUCUGCCUUCCACAUCCUCUCCUCCAUGAACGACGAGCUCUGCAACCCAUCCCUCUGGUCUGCCCCCUCCUCCGCCUCCGGCGGCUCUCUCCUCCUCAACGGCGACUCCUCCUCCGACUCUUCUCACCACCUGGACUUCGCCGGCUCUGGCGGUGGCGCCCUCGACGAGGCUCGCCUCCGCUACAAGAACUCCGUCGCUUCCCUCCGUGCCGUUCUCGCCGCCAUUCCCACCUCUCGCAAGGCUAAAUCAUUUGAUCCUGGUGCUUCUAUGAGCAGUUCAAUACCACUUGUGGACCAAGUCGAAAUGGAGAGUUUAGAAGAACAAGCCUCAAAUCUAAGAAAGGCGCUGGUUGAGAAGAACAAGCACCUGAAGCUUCUCAUAGAUCAGCUACGAGAACUUAUCGCCGAUGUAUCUACUUGGCAAAGUCCAUGUUCUGUUUGAUGCCGACUGACCCCUGGUCGGCCUUGAGAGGAGUAAAUGACCACCUCAAUAAGGUUCAAUGGAAAAGCGUCCUGUGGAAGAUGUUUGCCCUUUUAGAUCAUGUUCUCCUAGUGCGAUAGUUUCUUCCCAUCCGUAGGUUCAACCAUUCUUUGUUUUACCAUGUACAGCCUUUGCGGCUUUCAUGUUAGAUGGUA